AUGUCUCGAGCCCUCCUCGGUCGUGUAAAAAAGUCGAGACAUGGUGUCUCGCACCAUACAUGCCUCCAUCGUUUGGACAAGGCGGACGUUAUGAUCGCGAGUUUAAUGGGAGUAAAAGAGAGAAUAUGGUGGAGGAUCACGUCUGGCAUAGAGCUGAUCAAAUCAACACCUCGGAUUGGAGAAGCCAUUGAUGCUCGUUGGAUUUCGUGGUGGCUAGGGUUUCUAGGACGCUUUCCUUGUCCUAUUGGCUAUUCUACAGUUACAGUUGUAUUUAGCUUUAGGGUGUGA